AUGGAAAAGGAGGAGCAGGCUCUUGAACUUGAGAGGAGGCGCCUUGCAAGGCUGCAAAUGACCCGGAAGCCAAUGGCUGAUCAAUCUUACUUUGGCCACUGUGUGCACAAUAAGUUCAGUUUGCCAUCGGCAGAACAUUUUGGUCAUCUGUUAGAUGUUAUGAACAGUGAUGAUUCACCAACUGAUGACAAAUUCAGACACAAAGAUACCAAUCACUCUGACCACGACAGGCCAAAAUCUUACACCAAUGAUGGGCUGAAAAACUACUCUACACAAGAACACAAAGGUAGGAUUACAAAAAGAAAGAAGAUACCAAAGAGAAAAAAAAGGGUUCCGUCAAGGCAAAUUUCAGCCUUGAGAUUAGGAUAUUCAUCGUGA